UUAUUAUCUCUAAAACAAUUGCCGCGAAUCCUGGAGUCACGAGUCGGAGAUCGGAUCUCGAAAGCCGGAAGAACUCACACAAUUGCAUACUUAGACCAAGAGGAGUAGAGAGGCUGUGUAGAACAAGCAAACAUGGAGUACAUAACAGGCACGCUUAGACCAAACAAGCAAGCCUGUGUAGAAGGAGCAAACAUGGCGUUGAGAGGCUUGGCAACAGCGCUGCUCCUAAUCAACUUCUCCUCUUGUUAUCUCUCUACUCCAUCCUUGGCCACCUCUGAUGGCUAUGGCUUCAUCCAGUGCCUGACACACAAGAUACCCGGUGAGCUGAUCGUCACGCCGGGCUCCAGCAACUUCACCAGCGUGCUUGUCUCAACCAGCAAGAACUCCAACUUCUUAACCAAUACCACGGUGAAGCCAAUUUGCAUCGUCACCGUGGCAGACGCCUCCCACGCGCAGGCCGCCGUGGUGUGCGGGCGUCAGAACGGCGUGCGCCUCCGCGUGCGCAGCGGCGGGCACGACUACGAGGGCCUGUCCUACCGGUCGGCGCGGGCCGAGGUGUUCGCGGUGGUCGACCUCGCCAACCUCCGCGCCAUCACCGUGUCCGCCGACGAGGAGUGUGGGCCGACUGCGUGGGUCGACUCCGGCGCCACCGUCGGCCAGCUCUACUACACCAUCGCCAAGACCAACCCGGAGCUCGGUUUCCCGGCCGGCGAGUGCCCGACUCUCGGUGUCGGCGGUCACUUCAGCGGCGGCGGGAUCGGCAUGAUGAUGCGCAGGCACGGGCUCGCCGUCGACCAUGUCAUCGACGCCAAGCUGGUCAACGCCGACGGCGAGCUUCUCGACAGGGCAACCAUGGGAGAGGAUCUGUUCUGGGCCAUCCGAGGAGGCGGCGGGGAGAGCUUCGGCAUUGUCCUGUCAUGGAAGGUGGGCCUCGUGAAGGUCCCACCGACAGUGACAAUGUUUCGCAUCCCUAGGACGCUUGAGCAGGGCGCUGCGGACAUCGUGACCAAGUGGCAAGUUGUCGGGGCAACCCUGCUGCCCAGGGACAUCAACAUGAUGGUUAUUCUGCAGGGUCAACAGGCCGUGUUCCAGGCCCUGUACCUGGGCAGGUGCGAUGAGAUCCUGCCGACCAUCGCGUCCCUUCUCCCGGAGCUAAACGCGACGGAAUCCGACUGCAACGAGAUGACCUGGCUUGAAGCGAUGGCGUUCAUCGGCUUCCGCGGCAACACCAACACAACGGCGCUCCUGGACCGGAACAUCGGCUACAAUGCCUUCUUCAAGGUCAAGUCCGACUACGUCCGACAUGCCAUCGACAAGGAGGUCUGGCCGGAGAUCUUCAACUGGUUCUCCAUGAACGGCUCCGGGUUCGUGAUGCUGGAACCCCACGGCGGGGUCAUCGGCACCAUCCCCGCCGGGGCGACUCCGUACCCGCACCGGAGCGGUGUGUUGUACAUCAUCCAGUACAUCGCUCCCUGGCCGGCCGGCGACGAUGGCUCGACUGCGAGAAACUGGGUCAGAGACUUCUACAACUUCAUGGGGCAGUACGUGACCAAGAGCCCCAGAGAGGCGUACAUUAACUUCCGGGACCUAGAUAUCGGCGAGAACAAAGUGGUGAAUGACGUCAGCGUGUUCGGUAGCAGUAAGGUGUGGGGUAAAAAGUACUUUGGUGGCAACUUCAAAAGGCUCGCGAAGGUGAAGGGGAUGGUGGAUCCAACUGAUUACUUCAGGAAUGAGCAGAGCAUCCCGCCACUGCUCCAAGGCUAUUGAAUCUAGUGAAGUUGUGUUUCCCGUGUGCGUUGUACUAUUAGUGGCGCGAGUGCUUACCUUGGUAUUUCUGUCUUGUGAUUGUUUUCAAUGAAUCCGCACCAAACACGGCCUGAAGCUCAAGCUGUUCAAGAUAUUGACAUAGUACAUUCAAGAUUGAAUACACUUUCAUACAUUUAAUAUC